GUUUAUUAUCGUAUCUGAACUGUGUUACCCAUAACAAAAUAUAUCGUUAAAAGUCAAAGCAAAAAAGUAAUUAAAAAGUGAGAGUCAAAACAAGAACGCUAACCAGAGUGAGAGAGAGAACAGACUCAAUUGGCCAUCGAAAAUGGAAAUUGACGAAAGCAUAUUCUUGUCUGCUUAGUCCCACAAUUGUGGAAAAAGCUUCGAAAUUGUCGAUGCCCACAAGUGUUAUCAUUACAAAUAUUUCUGGGUUAUCUUUUUCUGAUUCAUUUGCAGAAGAAUUCAUUCACAAAAUCCAGCCUUUAAUGCACCUCAACUAACUCCUACCUAUAUAACCUAAUACAUAUAUACAUACAAAGCAAAACCCCAAAACUUCGAUUGAAAUUUGAAACCCAUUUCAUUGGGAAAAGGGGGAGCUUUUUAUUUUUUUAGAAUUCUUAAAAAGCAUCCAUGGAUUUGAACUCUUCCCCUAAUCAACCCAUUACAGUGGUUUCAACCUUCGCUUCACCGUUUGGGGGUCCUCCUUCAGUUGGGGAUUCCAACUCUUCAGCCAGAAAGCCCAUAAUUUUGUGGCCAGGAAUGUACCAUUCACCGGUGACUAAUGCAUUGUGGGAAGCUCGUUCCCAGAUCUUCGAGAGGCUUCUUGACCCACCUAAGGAUGCUCCUCCACAAAGUGAAUUGCUUACCAAAACUCCUUCUCAGAGCAGAACUACCAUUCUUUAUAAUUUCUCUACUGAUUAUAUCUUGAGAGAGCAGUACAGAGAUCCAUGGAAUGAGGUUAGAAUUGGAAAGUUGCUUGAAGACCUUGAUGCUUUAGCUGGGACUAUCUCUGUUAAGCACUGUUCUGAUGAUGAUAGCACAACAAGGCUGCUAUUGUUGGUCACUGCUUCUGUUGACAAGAUUGUCUUAAAGAAACCGAUUAGUGUAGACAUUGAUCUGAAAAUAGUUGGUGCUGUCAUCUGGGUUGGAAGAUCAUCAAUUGAGAUUCAACUAGAGGUCUUUCAGUCCACUGAAGAAGGCUCUAAUGCUUCUUCAGAUGAUGUAGCUCUCUCAGCCAACUUCAUUUUCGUGGCUCGUGACUCAAAAACAGCGAAAGCUGCUCCUGUUAAUCGACUCUCACCAGUAACCGAACAAGAAAAGUUACUCUUUGAAGAGGCAGAAGCAAGGAGCAACAUGAGGAAAAGAAAGAGAGGAGAACAAGAUAGAAGGGAAUUCGAAAAUGGAGAAGCAAAUAGACUUAAAACACUAUUAGCCGAAGGUAGAAUAUUCUGUGAUAUGCCUGCUUUAGCAGACAGAGAUAGCAUUCUCCUAAGAGAUACACGCCAGGAGAACUCUCUGAUCUGCCAACCACAGCAGAGAAACAUUCAUGGUCGAAUCUUCGGUGGGUUCUUGCUGCAUCGAGCAUUCGAACUUGCUUUCUCUACCGCCUAUGCCUUUGCAGGCUCGGUCCCUUACUUUCUAGAAAUCGACCAUGUUGAUUUCUUAAGACCUGUGGACGUUGGAGAUUUCCUGAGAUUGAAAUCAUGCGUGCUCUACACCGAACUACAUAACCCGGAUCAACCUUUAAUUAACAUAGAAGUUGUUGCUCAUGUUAGUAGGCCAGAGCUACGUUCAAGCGAGGUAUCAAAUACGUUUUAUUUCUCGUUCACUGUGCGACCGGAGGCAAAGGCUGCGAAGAAUGGCUUCAGGAUUCGAAAUGUGGUUCCAGCAACAGAGGAAGAAGCGCGCCGCAUUCUGGAACGAAUGGAUGCUGAGACCUGUAUUUAGUAUAAAACAUAGGUAGCAGAAAGUCUGAGAAAAAUGGCUUUUGCUUAUAGUUAAUGUAUGAAUUUGAUCUCCACUGGGAAAUACAUUUAAUAUCUUCAAAAAUAUUGUAACUUAUCUAAUUUGGCUUUGUACUUUAUUAUUGAAUGCAAGGCCCUAUUGCUUUAACUAGUUAAGUUAUAAUAAAGAGAAUUGCUAAAA